GCGGGGCAUCCUGGGAAGCGGAAGUCGGGUUCGGCGCAUGCGCACGAUGAGAGGCAGCGGCGCCCAAACCGUUCGUGAUCUGCGGAACAACAUGGCCCAUACAAAGGCUCUAGAGGGGUAUGUGGGCUUUGCCAACCUGCCCAACCAGGUCUACAGGAAGGCUGUGAAGAGGGGUUUUGAGUUUACUCUUAUGGUAGUAGGUGAAUCUGGUCUGGGUAAGUCUACCCUAGUGAAUUCCCUCUUCAUGACUGACCUGUAUUCCCCGUCUGAGUACCCCGGCCCCUCACAACGCAUCACCAAAACUGUCAAGGUUGAAACAUCUCGGGUGCUGGUUAAAGAAGGAGGUGUCCAGCUACAGUUGACUAUUGUGGACACACCAGGGUUCGGAGAUGCCGUGGACAACAGUAACUGUUGGAAGCCCAUCACAGACCACAUUGAGCAGAGGUUUGAGGACUACCUGAACUCAGAGUCUCGCGUGAACCGCCGAACAAUGCCGGACAACAGGGUCCACGCCUGCCUGUACUUCAUAGGGCCAACUGGGCACGGGUUGAAGCCUCUUGAUAUAGAAUUCAUGAAAAGAUUACACGACAAGGUCAACAUCAUUCCUCUCAUUGCCAAAGCCGACACAAUGACCCCAGAGGAGUGCACACAGUUCAAGAAAAAGAUUUUACAGGAAAUCAAGGAAAACAAGAUUCAGAUCUACGAGUUUCCAGAAGGAGAGGAUGAAGAGGACAACAAACUCAACAAGAAACUCAGGGAGAGGAUUCCCUUUGCGGUUGUCGGCAGCAACACGCUUCUGGAGAUCAACGGGAGGAAAGUGCGCGGACGACAGUACCCAUGGGGCGUCGCCGAAGUGGAGAACAUGGACCAUUGUGACUUCAUCACACUGAGGAACAUGUUGAUCAGGACCCACAUGCAGGACUUGAAAGACGUAACGAAUAACGUUCACUACGAGAACUACCGCUGUCAGAAGCUAGCUGGCAUUACGGCAACCAACGGUACAGAGAAGGGCAAACCAGCCGGUGGCAACCCCUCCCGUCCGUCUGCCUCCAGAAACCCUCUGGCCCAGAUGGAGGAGGAGAAGAGGGAACACGUGGCCAAGAUGAAGAAGAUGGAGAUGGAGAUGGAACAGGUGUUCGAGAUGAAGGUCAAGGAGAAACGACAGAAACUCAAGGACUCAGAAGCAGACCUUCAGCGUCGGCACGAGCAGAUGAAGAAGAAGCUGGAGCAGGAGUACAAGGAGCUGGACGAGAAGCGGAGUCUGUUUGAGAAGGAGAAACUGUCCUUCGAGGAGAGCCAGCGCCAACUCGAGGAGCAGCGGAAAAUGGACGCUACCAAAUCGCUUGACAACAAGAAGAAGAAGGAGAAGAAAUCGCUCUUCUAAGUGUUACAAGAAUUCCAGCAGCACCAACUAUAGCUUAUAGCCGGGCAGAAAGCUUCCCGUGCCAGCCUACAUUAUAUAUGAUAUAGAGUACCGGGGAUGCUCUCAAAA